CACGCCCGCCCACCCGCCGUCCCCUGUCGCAGAGCUAGAGGCGGAGUGGCGCCCCCGGAGUCGUGCGGCGGCGGCGGCGGCAGUGCUGGCAACCAUGGAGAAGAUCCCGGCUCUGGGCCUGGGCACCUGGAAGGCAGCUCCGGGCGAGGUGACGGAGGCAGUGAAAGUGGCGAUAGACGCGGGGUUCCGGCACUUUGACUGCGCUUACUUGUACCACAACGAGAGUGAGGUCGGAGCCGGGAUCCAGUGCAAGAUCAAGGAGGGCGUUGUGACCCGGCAGGACCUGUUUGUCGUCAGUAAGCUCUGGUGCACCAGACAUGAGAAGUCCUUGGUGAAGGCGGCCUGCGCCAAGAGUCUCAAGGCCUUAAAGCUGGAUUACCUGGACCUCUACCUCAUGCACUGGCCCAUGGGCUUCAAGGUACCUACCGUCCGGGAGGCGCAGAGCCCAGGGGCAGCACCUUCCCUCUGGUCAGGCCCGGCGGGGGGGUGCGGGGAGCUCUCCCCAGGCCUCCUCAAGGACCCCGCGGUCUUCGUCCGCCCCCGCCUCUGCCCCUCCCAGCCCGGGGAGGAAGACCUGCCCCUGGACCGCAACGGCAUGGUGCUGCCCAGCGACACGGACUUCCUGGACACGUGGGAGGCCAUGGAGGACCUGGUGGUCACGGGGCUGGUGAGAGCCAUCGGGGUGUCAAACUUCAACCACCAGCAGCUCGAGAGGCUUUUGAAUAAACCCAACCUGAGAUUCAAGCCACUGACGAACCAGGUCGAGUGCCACCCGUAUCUUACCCAGAAGAAUCUGAUCAACUUUUGCCAAUCCAGAGAUGUGACCGUGACAGCCUACCGGCCCCUCGGCGGUUCCAGUGAGGGGGUGGCCCUCCUGGAUGACCCCGUGAUUCAGAGGAUCGCACAGAAGUACAACAGGUCUCCCGCCCAGAUUGUGAUCCGAUUUCAGAUCCAGAGGAAUGUGAUCGUGAUCCCCAAAUCUGUCACCCCAACACGGAUCCGUGAGAAUAUCCAGGUGUUUGACUUUGAAUUAUCAGAAAGGGACAUGAACGACAUCCUCGACCUGGACAGGAAUUUCCGAAUGUGCACCUUGCCCACAGCUAAAAACCACAAGGACUAUCCUUUCAACAUAGAAUACUGAGCACGGCCUCCCUCUUCCCCCCCUGCCCGGCCCAACGGGUCCGUGAGGCCCGAGCCGAGGCAGGGCUCUGCCAGGGAGGUGGGGGCGACCGGCUUUGACUUGGGCGGAUUCCUGCCCGGAACAGAGCUGCGCUCCCUGAGGGGUCCACACGGUUCCGGUGGUGGGUGAUGGGAAGGGAGCCGCCCUGGGAGCAGUGCUCGCUCUCUGUGGAGAACCCCCCAGUCCUUCGGCUCCUUUGAGCACAGUGUGACAGGAUUUUGACCAGACAGGCUGUGUGGCGGGCCUCUACCCUCGGAAAAAAGGUUGUAUUAUGGAAAUAUUUAAAUACAGGACUUGAGACCGUAGCACGAGUCUCUACAUGUGUCACCCAGCCCCGCUUGAGACCCUGGGCCGGCCUCCCGCCAUCUGUGUGGCUCUGUUCCCUCAAUCCCCCCAGAUGGUUUUAAAGCAAAAUCUUUAUGUUCGCAUGUGCAGAGACAAGCUGGGUGAAGGCGGGAGAGGGUCUCAGUUCAACACAGAGGCUUUUCUUACUUAAAUACGGCUGUGGGAACCCCAAGCAGAGAGGACACGUGGGUCAUUGCCCUCCUGCGCUCAGCGUCCGGGGUCCGUCCAGUGGGCUCGCUCAGGGCUGUGUGUGACUCGUGUCCUCUCUGCUCACCGGAUGGCACUUGAGCACCAUGCUUUGGGCCAUUGUCUUAAAAAUCUGCUACAAGUUAUUAUGUUCCACGAAAAAGGUUCAUUUUCAUGAAUGAAUGGCAGGAUGUUUCCCUGUUUAUGUUAAACGUAAGAAAAGUUCACCAUAUAGGCUAAUAGUGCUUUCUGCUAAUAUUUACCGAAUUUUGCUAUUUAAUGAAGUAAUUCUACCGGAUUCAGAAUGUAAAGAAAACUGAGAAAAGCUCAAUUAUAACAAGUAAAAAUGGCCUAAACUAGCAAUAUCUAAGAAGAAUCCUCUUUCUAGUGGGUCCUUCUAAUCUAUGCCCAUGUCUAUGACCCAUGUAGAUAAAUUACAUAAAAUACGUGAUCCAUACACAUAUAUAACACAUGUGCACGAACACUUCGCAAAACCUGUCCCACAGCACACAUGGUCUGUGAUUUGCUUUUUAAAAGGCAUAUGCAUUAUAUACUGGAUGUACAGUCAUGUACCUGUUCACUUAACAUUUUGAUAAGACAGCAAGUAAAUAAAUACUGAAGAUUUAACUCGUAA